AGACAAUAGAUUCUCCUCAGUCUAAAUUCUCCUCAAAGGCCAACAGGAAAACUUUCAACAAUGUUGGCCACAGCUAGUGAAGUUGCACAACCAUCUCAUUCCCGACGGAAGUUCCACCUCUGGAGGUCCAAUCGUCUCGCUCCCACCUUGGAAGUGGAACAGGAGAAACAGCAGGAGAAAGAAACUGGGGACACUGAACUGGAUAGCAAAUCAUCCUUUGAAAAUCUGUUCAAUGCCCACCCCUCCCGGGAGCAGUUACUGGUGACUAGAAUUCAAUCAAUGACUUAUAUUGAGAAGACUUUGGUGUUGAAGUCUAUCCGGCGUCACAUACCAGAUUAUCUGGAGGUAGAAUCAGAGUUCAUCUCACUAGGGAUUUUUGACACCUAUCUCCAGGAUCUCAUUUCCAUAGUGACAGAAUCUACAAAUACCCUGGACAAGAAAUUUCUCUUUUACUGUUAUGGAUUGGUCCUCAGAGAGUCCUUAGAGAACAUAAACGUGAAGACACACUUGUUUGCUCUCCUAGAGCUGUCUCAUCAGGUAGCCUGCCAGCGAGAGGGUAUAGCACUAGCAAUUGGGCUGGCAUCUUCCAGCCACCUGGAAGAAACCUGGGCUGUACUGGAGCAAUUUGGCCAAACAAGAGUACUGAGGCUUGGUCUAAUAUCCUCUAGCACCAAGAUCAUUCAGGACAUUUGUUGGAAGUGGGCAAGCAGCACAGCCCUGUUAUGCUACGGGGAGAUGGCAGUCCAUGCUAAGAACAGCAUCCUCCCGUGGGUGGACAACAUCAUCUCCAGGAUGGUGUACUACUUCAACUGCAGCAAAUAUGAUGACGUCCUGAAGAGCAGUUUCCUCAGCGCCACAGUCAUGGUCUCCACGGCACUCGAGAAAGACAAAGCAGUAAACAGCUACACGUUCACACAUCUCCCAGACCUGAUCGACUGUAUACUGAUCAGCAUUCAGAAGGAACCUCGUGAACUUUUUGACACAUAUUUUCGGCAGAAGAGCCUACAAGUUAUCAGAACGUUGAGUUCCCUACAACCAUGUCUCAGUACAGAAGACAAAACUAACGUGCUCAAUACCUGCUUUGAAAGCCUGUUCAUGCUUCCAGCCACAGAGAUGUUGGCAGAUAGUCUGCCUCAUCAGGAGACUCCAUGUGAUGUCAAGUGCCUAUAUGACAAGACUAUGGAGAACCUUGAUCAGCUUCUCCAGUGUUUCCUCUCUCAGCAUCAGACAAUGGAAGAGCUCCAGUUUCUUCUGCAGCACUUUGAGCCCUGGCUCAUGGCCAGUAAGCCUCAUGAGAGGUUCCGGGCCCUGCAGACAGCCUUGAAGCUACUCCAGCACUCCCAGGAAAACCUGAAUCUGAUUUCUGAGACAUCACUGGCCAUGAUGGGGCAUCAGUUAGCUUUGUUCAGUCUUCUCUGGAGAGAUGAGAGUGAAGAAAACCAGCUCUGUGCUCGACAGUGCAUUUUGCUCCUCAUACAGCUCCUGACACAUGAAAGGACUGAGGAAAGCCACAAGUGCCUAUUCACAUGGAAGCAACUGAAGAAAUUGGACAUGAAGUUCUUGAAGCUAGUGAAUAAAAAUUGCUCCCACCUGGUAAAGGUAUUUGGGAAAAACCUCUCAGUGAACCAAAAUACCCAACUCAUCCUGACCUUCCUGAAUGGCCUAAAGAGCAACAAUGAAGUCCAAGUAAAUCUGGCUUUAGAGUUCUUCAAUCAUUUUCUGGAAAUUCAAGGACUCAAGAUGGAGCAGGUGGCAGAAGUGUUUCAGGGCUUGUACAAACUGCUCCCCUCUGUCACAAUGCCAGAUGUCCGGCUGUCUCUUCUAAAAACUAUCCCGAAGUUGGGGCAACAACACACUCAGGAGGUGGUUGAAGUACUCCUGUCCCUCGCCCGACCAAUGGACAGUCAGGUCAUAGAGAUGUGGAAGAUCAUGGCAGUGGAUAAACAACUAAUGAGGAAACUGAUGACCUUGCUGUACCUGAAAAUGAAGAUUCGGCCAUCGGAAGAAGAUAUGAUUUCAAAAAAUAUAAUGGAUAAGACAGAACUGACGUCCAUAGAGGCACUGAAUACAAUGUACGAGCUCCUCUACAUCCAGGAGUUCCGGAUAACAGUCCAUUGGGCCUUUCCUGGUAUUCUUUUGGGCCUGUUGACACAGCUGCACUACCUCUUCGAACUGGAUAUGGUUGAUAACUCCCUGGACCAUUUUGAAAAUGUCCUGAAGUUGGAGUAUCUCAGUCCUUUCAGGACAUGCCUAGAGGCCCUGAAAGGUCUCUUUUGGACCACUGACAACUGGGAGGUAUUCGCCUAUAUGAAGCUACAACGGGGCUGGGACCUUUUCACAAAGAUGAACACAUUUAAAGAGGGUGUGACCCUCCUGACUAGGGCCAUAACUCACUACAAGUGUGAGAUUAAGAGCAUUUUAAGUCAUGCUAUGCAUAGCAUGAAGAGUCCAUAUGAACGGGAUCGUUUAAUAGGCAUCCUUGUUAUCGUUGAGCUUCUCAACAGCAAAGAGGUACCACGAUAUAAGUCUCGGCGGUCUAUCGGGAGUUUCCUGACUUCGUCCUUGAGAAGUUCCAAUCAAGAGGUACAGAUCAUGAGUCUGCAAGGGUUGGGCAGCCUUCUACUUCAACCUGAGAAGGGAGAUCUGCUCCGGAACCAACUGUCAGGCAUGAUGGAAGGAUUGUUGCUCAAGGAAGAGGAGAACAUUUUGGUACUUAUGGGCCUCAUUGGUGAAAUCCUGCAUCGUUUGACUUUGCAGGGUGCUGGCUCCAACAGCCUCAAGGUGGCAGAGCAGCUGUAUGAUCUCUUUGAUGACGAGAGAGAAAAGGUUCGAGGAGAAGCCAUCUUCCUCUACGGAGACGUGAUCUAUAGUGGUGGAAAGAAAUAUGAGCAACAAUUGAAGAUCCAUGCUUUUCAAUGCCUCGUUCCUCUCCUCUUCCAUCUGGCUGACCCAUGCCCAGAGGUCGUUGUGAAGACUAAGUUCACCUUCAUGCGUCUUGCCAUAUUAUUCAACUGGGGCUUUCGGAAGGAACUGUUCAGCACGCUGGCCUGGCGUGAGGGUCUGGGAGCUGAGAAUGACAUCUUUCUCUACAUGGUAGAAAGCAAUUUUGGGGACUACCAUUUGUUCCUCCUACAGGCUUUUAUGUAUGUCAAGAGCCCUCAGAAGAACCUCCAACGGGCUGCCAUGAAGUUUAUUGGUGGGAUGCUUCAGGAGUAUUUUUCUGAUCUCUGCUUUUACUUGAACAAGUCAGAUGUGAAGCUAUUGACAAAAAAUUUUGAAGCAUUGCGAAGGGACCAAGACCCCAAUAUCAGAAAGUUCUACCUGAAUUAUUCAGAAGACAUCUACGAGCUAUCCAAAUAUGUGGCCUGAAGCUCUAGUCAUUUGCUUUUUGUGGUUUAAAAAAGUCAUUAGUUUUGGCUUUCAUUCAACAGUAGUGAAAUAAAAAUUGUUUAAUUC